AUGGAGCCUAGUGUCAGGAACCAUGGCGCUACAUAUGCGGUCCCGCCCAAGGUGCAAUCUUGCUCGCCAAGGUUCCCCGGCGCCGUGGGAUCCCCCGGAGACGUGGUGCGCCUGCAUCGCCCCAGGGACCGACUACCCGCACCAAUACAGUACGACUCUAUGCUACUAUGCCUCUGGUUCGCUGCGCGGUCCAAGAGGUCCCGGGGGGUUUUGGCGCGUGCGCUCGAGAUCACGGGAUCCAACGGAUCCAGGGAUCUGGGGGACACAUAA